GCGGGCUGGGCACUCGACGUGGGCGCACCGCUGGGUCCCAGCUCCUGGCCUGGCGCGGAGACGCGCUUCCUCCUUUGCGCUCCCGGGCAUCCAGAGGGGAAGGUCCCUGAGGGUUCACGAGAGUGCGGGGUCACCGUGAGUCCAGGUCCCCGCGAGUCCGGGUCCCCACGAGUCCGGGGUCCGGGCGGUCUCGGGGCAGCGGCCCGCUCCUGCAGCUGCGCUCCGGGCUCACGAGCCCACCAGCCACGGGGAGGGGCGCGGAGCGCAGGAGGGCUGCCUGCGGGACGAUGAGGAAGCCCGACGGGAAGAUAGUGCUGCUGGGGGACAUGAACGUGGGCAAGACGUCGCUGCUGCAGAGGUACAUGGAGCGGCGCUUCCCAGACACGGUCAGCACGGUGGGCGGCGCCUUCUACCUGAAGCAGUGGCGCUCCUACAACAUCUCCAUCUGGGACACCGCAGGGCGGGAGCAGUUCCACGGCCUGGGCUCCAUGUACUGCCGGGGGGCGGCGGCUGUCAUCCUCACCUACGACGUCAAUCACCCGCAGAGCCUGGUGGAGCUGGAGGACAGGUUCCUCGGCCUGACCGAGACGGCUAGCAAGGACUGCCUCUUCGCCAUCGUGGGGAACAAGGUGGACCUCACCGAGGAGGGGGCCCGGGAGCGCCCGGAGCAGGAAGGGUGUAGCCCCGGGAGGCCCAGCGGCGGCGGCGCCCCCCCCACGCUGCCUAAGCAGGUGCGGCCCGAGGACGCGGUGGCCCUUUAUAAAAAGAUCCUGAAGUACAGGAUGCUGGACGAGAAGGACGUGCCGGCCGCUGAGCAGAUGUGCUUCGAGACCAGCGCCAAAACCGGCUACAACGUGGACCUCCUGUUUGAGACCCUGUUUGACAUGGUUGUGCCCACAAUCUUGCGGCAGAGAGCAGAGGGGCUGUCGCAAACCGUGGAUAUAACCAGUUACAAGCCGCCCAAACGGACCCGCGCUGGGUGCUGUGCCUGAGCUGCCCGGCCGCUCCGACGCGCGGUCUGUGCGCACGGGAAGGGCCUGGCCGGGCGAGCUGUGGUCUGAAGCACAGAAAACGGAGGGGCUAUUUUAUGGAGCAGUCACGGAGCAGAGCAUCGGAGUGAAGUGACAGCCAGUGACUGAGCGAAGGUCGGUGUGGAUAGAGUCUGCCGCGUCUCCGCCCCUGCGUCGGUAGGAGGAACAGCGUCCUCCGCGAAGACGUCUGCCGCCCGCGGCACCUGGCGCUUUCCCGGCGCUGCCCCGCGCGGGCACUUCACAACCCCCCCAGUGGCCCCGGGUCCCUGUGCACCUGCCUGUCUCAGCGCGCGCUGUCACCUCUGUGUUUGCCGUUGCUCUCGUGUUUCUCUUCACUGUGAGUCGGCUUUGGUCUUCCCAUUUGGUACUUGUAUCUGGAUGCAUGAUAAUAGUGAUUUUCACCCAGUUAUUUAUACAAAAUCAGAAAAACUGUUUUUAUAUUGAUUGCAGCAGUGUGGCCUACACAUAUUAUUAAAGAGGAUUUUGGGAAAAGCCUUGGUGUUGAGACUGAACUAAUUUGGACUUUAUUAGUGCCUCCAGGGGCCCCUGGCUGGGAGCGCUGGGGAGACAGUGGGGCCUUGAGAUAACUUCUCUUUUCCUGUGAAAGCUACGUCAAAGCCUUACAAAUUCCAGAAUAUUUUAUUUUAAGUUUUUCAAUC